AUGGAAGCCUUCUACGGAUCCUGGAAGCUGACCAGCAGUGAGGGCUUUGAUGCCAUUCUGCAGCGUCUGGGUGAGUCGUUGAUUUCUAACCAGUCCCCCUAUCUCUCUCUCCUUCCCUCCCCUCCCCAAUGCACUAACUCUGCUGUUCUGGCCCUCUCCAAAUCCAAAGAUGUUGGACUGGCUGCUCGAACUGCCGCAAACACCCUGCACCCCACAGUGACCAUUGAGAAGUCCGGUGAUGAGGAGUACUCAAUCACCACUGCGAGCACAUUCAAGACCUCCAAGGUGACCUUCAAGCUUGGUGAGGAGUUCGAAGAGAAGACGCAGGACGGUCGUGUUGUGAAGGUGAGUAUCCGCCCAACCGCCGCCGCUCUAGUCCACUGUGGUGUCUUUUAGACCACCAUCGUCCUCGACGGAGGUGCGUUGAAGGCGACGCAAGUGGGUGACAAGGUGACGACUCUCACCCGAACAGUGGAGGGCAACUGCAUGAAAAUGGUGAGUUGCCUUGACUACAAGAAGACCGACCGUGAGAACUUUGCAAGGUGUAUGUGCAGAUGUAAGAUGAGUGGGGGGUUCAGAGUGUGUGAGAGAGAGCGUGUUUGUGUGUGUGUGCCCCUAAACGGGCUAUGUGGUAGAUGCGUUGGACUAACAGGGGAGCUAUAUCAGAGUCUGGCAGGCGUUUUCGGAUUGCACACCAUAACAAAUGCCAACAUUUCAUAACAAAUGUCAUUAUGUCGGUGUGCGGUGACAGACCCGGCUGCCGGCAGAUGUCACGCACACUGGAACCCCUGCGGUCCCACUCCCCAUUGUUGUUCUUGGUCAAAUACCUGGUCAUUUGCUUUGUGGACCAGGGGCUGUGGAGUGGGAUGUCAAGGUGCGGGCUCUACCGUACCAUCCACCUGCACCCUCCCCUGCCUUCGAUCUUCUUGACUAUGUUUUGGCAGCCGGCGCAGGCGGAGGUUGGGGAAACGAGAGUGUGGUAGAUGCUGUGCAAGUCUGUUAUCACUUUAGACUAAUUCACGCACAAGUCACCGUCCCUGCAUGAAAAUGGUGAGUCGCCUGUGUCAAACUACUACCGACGGUGCGAGCCUCGCAAGAUUUAUGUCCAGACUUAAUAUGUAUGGUGAGAGAGACAGAGAGACUGAUGGUGCACUGGUCAUGCAUGACCACAUCGUCAAUCAAUCUUUCGAGCAAAUUGGAUAGGAGUAUCAUAUUCUUCCUCUUUUGAGUGGCUGGCUUUAAAGUCAGGCUUUGAAGCGGAUAGGAAGUUCCUGUUCAAACCACUUAACAGUACUCCCAACACGAGUUUUUUUGUCUAACAUAAUAUAUUGAGUGUGUUCCUGUGUCAGAAUCUUUCACGACUCCAGUCUGUUUCCAGCCAAUCAGUUCUUCUCGCACAAACGCCUGCCGUGGUCUCACCCGGGGCUUGAGCGCAUGAGCGGUCAGACGGUUUGGCCAGUGGGGACUGGCCUUUUGCCCUGUGUAGUGAAAACGCAUACAAGUAGACGUUUGAGAAUUAAUCGACAAACCCCCCUAUGAUGCUGUGAUCCUGCUCAACUCACAUUCGUCCCCUAGGAAACAGACUGAAUCAUUCUGAUAAAGGAAAUAUUUGGCUCUAUCAUCUCAACAGACCAAUCAUCGGUGGGUACACGCGUAAUAUGUAAAAUUUGAAACUGGAGUUCAUAUAAGAGAAAACACACGGGAAAGUUGGGAAUCCUCUGAUGAGCCGAACCCCUCGCAGUUGCAUCAGGCAGCGAUAGAGGAUCGGCGAAACACGCGUGUCUGGGCUUUUAACUACUUCCUGUGUUGUUAGUACGGUAAAUAAUUACACAGUUCUAUCCUACUGGCUGCCUAUUGGCGGUUUGUGAAUAUUACUCGGUUGUUCCGCAGUAGGUAUUGGAUUUCAACACAAAUAUUUAUAUCGAAUACGGCGAUGUGCCUGAGAAGGUCUCUUUCGAAGGAUUUACUCCAAGUUCGCGCAUUAAUUUCCUCGGAAAUUAAACAAGACAAUCCUGAAACGGCUGUAUUCGCGGCGUGGCUUCAAUUCCCUCCUUGAAACCCAGCCUCCGAACUAUAGCGCAAAUAAAACUAAGUCCCAUGCUGAUCGGCUGCAUAUGUUCUCAUAGUUUUCCGUCAAAUGAAACUUACGGAUGACUUCUUUUUCUUGCAUUGUAGACUGUUCAGGUGGAUGAACUGGUUGCCCACCGAUACUACAAGCGCGUCUAG